GUGCCCGCGUGCCGGGAGGCUAUAAGAACCUCGCGGCCGGCGCGCGCGGCAGACGCUCUGCGGGGAUUCCAGGCACGAAGAGGCUCUAGAGACGUGCUCGCGACGAGACCGUUGUUUCUCCUCACCGCUCUCCCCCCCUUUCUCUCGCCAUGAAGACCAAAUUCUGUAACGGUGGCGAGGCCGACUCUUCCCCGCUGGGGCUGCUCUUGGGGUGCGGGGCUCCGGGCCCGGUCCUGCCCGCCCUGCCUCAGUCUCCCUCGCCUCCCUUGCCGCCGCCUUCCUCUCACGCCGAGGCCGAGACCAAGCAGCCUCCCCUGGCCUUGCCGGUGGUCUCUUUGCCGCCUCCGGCGCCGCCCUCCCCGCCGGCGGGGGCCGAAGAGCAGCAGCAGCCCGAGCCCCGCACCCGGCGCAAGGCCUACCUCUGGUGCAAGGAGUUCCUGAGGGGGGCGUGGCGGGGGUUGCGCGAGGACCAGAUCCGCAUCACGCCCAUCAGGGGAGGCCUAAGCAACAUGCUGUUCCAGUGCUCAUUACCUGAUACCAUAGAGACUGUUGCAGAUGAACCACGCACUGUUCUUCUUCGUUUAUAUGGUGCAAUUCUACAAAUGAGGUCCUGUAAUAAAGGAGGAUCUGGACAGGCUCAAAAGGAAAAUGAUUUACAAGGGGCAGAAGCUGUAGUUCUGGAGAGUGUUAUGUUUGCCAUUCUUGCUGAAAGAGCUCUUGGACCAAAGCUUUAUGGAAUCUUUCCACAAGGUCGUCUGGAGGAAUUCAUUCCUAGUAGGAAACUAGAUACUGAAGAACUAAGUCUGCCUGAUAUAUCAGCGGAAAUAGCUGAGAAAAUGGCAAGAUUUCAUGGGAUGAAAAUGCCAUUUAAUAAAGAACCGAAGUGGCUCUUUGGAACUAUGGAGAAGUACUUAAAUCAAGUGAUGAGAAUCAAGUUUACCAGGGAGUCCCGUGUUAGAAAACUGAACAAGAUUCUCAGUUACAAUCUGCCUCAAGAAUUGAAAACACUACGGUCAUUACUGGAAGCUACUUCCUCUCCAGUUGUGUUUUGCCAUAAUGACUGUCAAGAAGGAAAUAUUUUGCUUCUCGAAGGCAGAGAAGACUCAGAGAAGCAAAAGCUGAUGCUUAUUGAUUUUGAAUACAGCAGCUACAAUUACAGGGGGUUUGAUAUUGGAAAUCACUUCUGUGAAUGGAUGUAUGACUAUGUCUAUGAAAAAUACCCAUUUUUUAAAGCAAACUCCUUGAAGUAUCCAUCCAGGAAACAACAGCUCCAUUUCAUCUCCAGUUAUCUAGCUGCAUCUCAAAGUGGGUUUGAAAAUCUGAGCAGUGAAGAUAAGUCAAAAAUAGAAGAAGAAAUGCUAACUGAAGUAAAUAGGUUUGCCCUUGCAUCACAUUUCUUCUGGGGUCUGUGGUCCAUUAUACAAGCAAAGAUAUCCUCAAUUGAGUUUGGAUACAUGGACUAUGCACUCGCACGAUUUGAUGCCUACUUCGACCAGAAGAAGAAACUCAAAGUGUGAAGAUUGAAGACAGGACAAUCAGUUUCUGUACUGUAUAAGGAAGGCAGCUGGGCAGAAAUUCCACUGUGCUUAGGCUACUGUAGUUGUAAUGAAGGUUUUGCAAAUUCCAACUACUCGGAUGCAGUGCUGAAGACGGCACAAAAUGGCUAAGUUUACUUUAUUUACAGUUUCAUAAGUCUUUGGAAUGCGAAUUGACAGCUGGAGUAUAAUAUAACAGUGCAAUAUCAAGCUUUUUAAUCUAGACGGUAUUAUGAGGGAAGCUUUGAGUUUCAGUGCGAACCAUCCCAUUCUUCAAGAACAAGCAGUAUUAACUGUGGGUCCCCAUUUUAAACUAAGCUAUUUUACUGAAUUCUCUUAAUGCACCAUAACCUGCUGCCAGUUAAUGGAGGAUCCCUGUUCUUAUAAGGGAAAAUUGUUAUACUGUGAAUCUUUGCUAAAAUCUGUUGGAGUGGUGGUUGUUUUUGUGAUGGUAUGUCACACCAUUCCUCCAGAGAAGGACUAAGCUAACACUAAUAUACAGAGGUUUUAAAAAACCUCUGAACCAAUGCCCAUACAUUUUGGCAUCUCUUAAGGUAGCUUUCAUAUUCUAAUGUCUCGGUAUAACAAGGUAAUACAGAUUCAUCUCAAACUGGAACACAUAAGAUUUCAGAUUAGCUCACUUCACAUCUUUGGUUAGGGAUGCACACUGACUGCCCAGGAACAGUCCUGGAGAUCUGCAUUGUUCUUUUCCAGAAUGUUCUCUGGGCUGGUAGCACUGGAAUGAGUGCCUUGAAUUCCUAUAGCUGUCCCUCUCUGGCAGAAAGGAGAAGGAAUGGGCAAAGGAGUUGGGUAACAAGUGCGGGAUAUUUGACCAAUUGUGGCAUGUCGGUGCCUUGUAAGGGGCACACUGCUCCUUAUUUAAAAGCCUGUUGCUUUUUCCACCAAAUAAGUGGAUUUUGUGUGUGUGCAGAAAUAUGUAUAUGUGAACUCUACAAUAAGUGUAUGUUAUCUUGAAAGCUUUUAGAAUUUAACCAUCUUUAUUUGACUUGUGCUUUCUGCUUAACAUGUACAAAUAAACUUUUUUUUAAAGUAA